AUGGUGGCGUGUUUGUGCGUGCCGCAGUCGUCGGGCAGCACUCGGCGUUCGUCACGGGGCACGGGGACGCCGCGACACCUCUCGAGCGCCGCCUCCUCGCGCCUCGGCCUGGGCCUCAACCCCGUGGAGGCGUCCGGCGGCAGCCGGCACUGCGGCCUGCAGAUGGCCGCGCCGCCGAUGGGGGCGGCGGGGGCGGACGCAGACGCGGACGCGGAGGCGGAGGGCGCGCCCGCCGCGGCCGGCCUGCAGCUGCUGUCGGUGCCGGGCUGGUCGCGCCGCCUCAGCUCCGUCACGUGCUCCUCGUCCGACACGUCCUACCUGGAGCGGCGAGGCUCCGCCGUCGAGUGCGGGCUGCCCGCGCCGCCCCCGGGCGCCUUCCGCCGCCUGCGGCCGCCGCUGCUGCCGCACUGCGACGACGUGCGCGACUGGGACUUCUACUACCCCAUCGACAUACAGGUGAUCCAGCCGACGCCGGACGCGUCGCCGUGCGGCAGCGAGCGCACGCUGUACGCGGCGGUCCUGCCGCAGGCGCAGCUGCUGCCCGGUGCCGCCAGCGCGCGGCCGUCGCUGAGCAGGCCCGCCUCCCCCGCCGCCUCCGCGUCGCUGUCGCCGCCGGCGCCGCCCCCCAGGCUCGCGCCGCUCGCCUCCAUCAGCUCCUGCGCAGCUUCGCUGCGCACCGACGACUGCGCCUCCGUCGGCUCCGACUCUGUCUUCCUCGACGACGAUGACGUGCUGGACACCGAGGACGAGGUGGAAGGGUUCUCAACAGACAGCGAUGAAGGUGAUGGUAGCAACCGUGUACGUCACUUCCUGCAAGUGCCACCUACUGUGCGGACGUUCACCCCUGCGAAACGCUGGAGUGACGGAGCUGCUUCUUACUACCGGCCACGGAGGUUGCUGCCCCGCCAGGCAGCUAUAACCUCACAGCUGUCAGUAUCGACGGAAGACACAGCAGCAGCUGCAGAAGUGGAGCGAGUUGCUCGGCGACCGCCCUGUCCGUUGCCACCGGGCGCCCGUCAUUCCUCAAGCAGCUCUAGUGGGAGCCCCACACUCAAAGAGACACGCUUCUAAACACUGCAAACUUUGUGGUUAACAAAUGCCCAUGAUAGCGGUGAAGACAGCAACAGGUUCCUCACUGAGUAAAAUUACAGAGCCACUAUGCAGGACCUGUCAGAUUUUUGAAAACAUUCAGCUGCAACAGGCUAAAGUGUGUGCUUCAAAAGGACUAAGACUAGUAAUGAAUGUAAAUGAAGGGAGCCCAAGUGGAACCAUUUUAAACUCUGCCAUAUCUCAGGAGCCCACAUACAACAAGAAUGAACAGACAGACAUAGAUGUAUUAAUAUUAGCUGGGUAAAACCAAUCAGUUAAUUCUGUACUGGCAACAGCACAUUACAAAUAAAACUGUUGAGCAUGGUCCUCAGCAGUUUUUCCAAACAUUUGAGUUUUUUUCUCAUCAAUAGUAUGGAAUUCAAUAAAGUUAUGGAGCUACUACAAGAUGUCCACAAAUGAGAGUAGUAAAACAAUAUUGCUGUCCAAUUUCUGUAAGUGACUGAUGUAGUGAACAUAUGUUAGGCCUUUCGGUCCUUGUUUAGUGCCCUAGGAGUUAAAUAAAUAUGGAAAACUGUUAGAAUGACCUGUGUAACAUACCAAAUUAGCAUGGUACAAUCUCAUUGGUGACUUAUGUCAAAUUGAGGUGAAAAUGGAAGAUGUGCAAUGAUUUCUAAAGAACUAAAUAACUGCAGUGAGACAGCAAUUGUUAAUGUCCAAAAGACCGUAAUACUCAGGUGAGACCAGUACGAGUUUUGUGUAUUACAGCCAGUUGAUAGAAUGUUGACCCACUCUUAGUAUUGUUGGAUGCCUAAUGGUAAUCAUGUAUGGAAACCAGAAAAUGUUGGUAUACCUCCUUUGAAACAUCAGGACUUCAGGACUCCUGCAUGUGGCAACUCUGUACAGGGGCUGAAUGCUGUAUCGUGUCUGAUUAUCCACAUCAGUGCAUGUAUGCUACGAUGGUUAUCAGACACUGUUUUCUAACAUUAUGAAUUUCUCUGGGCAAUUGUAGUUCCAUACAUCUCCCAUUUCUUAACUUUUCAAAUACAAGACAUAGAUAGAACUAAGAAAACUUGCAGUCUGUGUAUAGAGAGUAUGCACAUUUUUCUAUGCUUUUAUGUGUAAGUUAGUGUGUGAGUGCCACAGGUAUCCUAUACAAUGCUUAACCAUUACAGUGUAUAUGGAUAUUCACACUGUGCCUUGUCUUGUAUGUGCUUUUCAGAAUCAACAAGCUCAUGGGAGAACAGUGCAGCUAACGAAAACAGUCACUUUAUGUGAAAGUAUGCUAUUACCAUUACUGUCUCAAAGUUUCCCUAUGAUGAAGCUGUAUUCAUUUUUCAUUUUGCCAAUGCUGGUUGCUGGUAAAUGUGUACAUGUACUACAAACUUUCAUAUGUUUGAGGAAACCCUAGGUUACACACAGUCAUAAAUUUCAGUUCAUGGUAAUGAAAUCUUGAUGAAUAUUAUUUAAAGAAAAAAUCAAGCUACACACACAGAUACAUGUCUUAUGCAACUUCUUCAGAUCAUAUAGUAAUCUUGUACAUUACUGAUAAAAAGUAACAAGCGGCCUCAUGAACUACAUAUUCACUCUGAGCAUCCUUUAUUAAGGAGACAUCAUAAUUUCUAUCAGUAGUUACAACAGUCAGAAUACUGUUUGCAACUGUUAUGUCAGAUGUAAUUCUAGAUGGUUCUUCAGCCUCUGACAUAUUGUGACUCAGAAUCAAUGGCAGGGGAGAAUAUCUUCACAAUUGUAGACAAAUUCUUCUGCAGAAUUUCUGUAAAUUUAUUUUUACAUUACAAAUGUAACAAAUGAAAUAUUUGUUGGAAGUUACAGGAGAUACUAUGAGGUGAUAAUUGAAUUAAUCACUACAUAUGUGGUUCUUAGUAUGAGUAGCUGAAGUUCACUAGGAUCCAGUACUACAAAAUAUAAAUCUCAUUUAUACAAGAGUUGUUUGCACAGUCAGUGCUAUUUCUGUAUGACCCAGACAAACCGAAUUAUAUGAGCUUCAGUUGUAGUGGCCUUCCAGAUAGUUACCAUAAAAGAUAUGGUGCUCCUGAUAAUUCAAGUAUAACAAAUGUAUGUGGUGGCAAUGUGCCAGAUAAAUAUUUCUGUGCUGAUGUCAUACAGGACAAGUACAUGGAACAAAUUAUUUUUCCUGUGUGUGUGUGUGUGUGUGUGUGUGUGUGUGUGUGUGUGUGUGUGUGUGUGUGUGUGUGUGUGUGCGUGCAAGUAGUGCAAUUAUAAGUGCUGUUUCUCUCUCUAUUAUAAUUUUUGUUUUCUCACCAAUGUACAAUCAGAUAAAUAUGGACCCUGUGGAAAACCGGACCAGCAAUUAAAAUCUUCCAACAGUAGUGAAAAAUGGCAAUGAAAGAGAAAGAUAAAGGUUAAAUAACAAUGCAAAAUGUAGCAAUCAGAAUAUUUUUCUGGCAUAUUUUUUUUUCUCUUGUUACUAUGUUGCAUGUGUCACAAGUUACAUGAAUGUCUGAGAAAGUAAUUCCAGUUCACGUCAUUGACUUGAUAAAACAUGUUGCAGGUAAUGAGUAAUAACAAAAAAAGAGACCAAAAAUAUUUUAAGACAGAAUAGAAGGUAGAAGAGUCUCUAUCCUAGUUACUGCAGAGUCUGGUGCUCACCUUAAAGUCAUUUGUAUACCAAACAUUAUUUUAGAACUAUUUGUCAUAGUAUACUAUUUGUCAUAGUAUCCAGUCUGUUUGCAUUUAACAUGUGGAUGCUGAAUUUCAGGAUGAGAGAUCAAUAUAUAUGGUGGUCUAGAACAACAUACACAAUCUCAUGAUACCAGCUGAUGAGCAACCUGUGUAAAUAAACAGCAUGUCGAACAUGUAGCAAAAGCUCUUUGUAUUAAAAGACUUGCAUCAAGUCUUUACAUGUUCCCUUUACAUUGAAAUUGUCCAUCAACCACAAGUAUACAUUCUUCCUACCCAAACAUCAGUAUGCUACAUGAAAAUAAAGUAAUUCGCUUAGGUGAUUCAUGUAUUAUGUGUGACAUGUAUGGUAAUGCAGUAACAGAUAUAUUAAGGCAUGAAUGCUACUGACCACACAAAUGUGAUCAACUUCAUGGUGCUGUUGUUUCUCUCAACCCAAUGGAAGACUUUUUGCCAUGAGCUUAUUUCAGCAACAGUGGAACAGACCAGCAGAGAAUUAAAAUUUCACAGUCUGCAGCAUUUCUUGAAUCUCUUCCACACCUACACAAAAUGGUAAAGAAGUACAUGCACUGUACAGAUGUUGUAUUUAAUGUUGCAGACAAAGUUGCCAGUAUGUUUAAAUUUUGAAUGAACAGACAUAGAACACAUUUUGUUUCUGGUACCCAACAUAUUAACAACAUAACAUUUCAACACAUUCCUGAACUAACAGAUAGUUCCCAUUCACUUGCUGAUGAAUUCUGUGUUCCUAGCACAAAGUUAUAUUUUGAAAACCUGGACAUCUUUUCAUAGGUAAUUUGCAUGAAUUUUUGUUUAUCAGCGUACAUAUUUUUUAAUGUUACUAUAUCUAUUUACAAUCCUUCAAUACAAUAUUCCUCAUUCUCAAAAACAGGAUUUCCUUUCUGAGAAGAUCUAAUGCUUGAGCCAAGACAUUCUCUCUGUUCAUCUGUUAAAUGAUGUAAAGUAAGGUAAUGGAGAACUCAUCCAGAGAAAAGAAAAUGAUCCUCAAGCACAGGUUGAUUCAAUUUAAGUAAAUGACUGAGAAGUCUUAUCUGGAUGGUAGAGAGCAAGAGGUAUCACAUACUCAACUCUAUCUUCACAGUUACUUGGUUAUAACAUUUCUGAUGGGAGAGAAAAUUUUUAUUCUCAUAUGGAAGAUGAGUCUCUGGACUGUGCUAUUAAUUCCAGCUCAGUUUCUAAUUCACUUUUCACCAGUAAUGAAAAUCUGAUUUAAGAUUUCUUGAUCUUUAAUGUAAGAUCUUUGUUUAAAUAAAGUCAUUUUGGAUGCCUGUUUCGCAGUUUGUCCAUUCAGUAUGGGACAUGUUGCGCAAAAACUUUUUGCUUGUUUAAAUUACUAGUCAUAAUUCAAAAUACUGAUGUUGGUGCCAUCACUGUGGUCUCAGAAAGUGACUCACAUAUUGCAUGACAUUUUCCUUCAUGAGCAACAGUCACAAAUUUCAUUCAUCUACAGAUGUUAUUUGCCUCUUCAUUCUUGGUUUCGAGUUAACGUUUCCACAGCCACCAAGGAAACAAUUAUGCCAAAGUAAACUGUAGUAAAUUCACCACACAGAUUAUUGCAAGAAAUAUGUAUUUCUGAAACUUCCUGCCAGGAAGUUUCAUAUCGGAAAAUUCAUUCUGGAAUAUGUAUUUCUGUCCUUAUAUGACCAAGUAAAAUUAUGAUUUCACUGUAUGAUCUUUGAUAUAAUAAUUCCAAUGGAAAAGAUUUGUGCAAACUCCUUCAAGUUACCUAGUCACAGUAAUACAAAAUAACUGCUACCUUAUCAUAAUUUCAACAGUAAAUUACAUAAUGUCCAGUGUUGUUUUGCCAUGUAACCAUUAUUGCCAACCAUCGUAUUACUUAUUAAUAAGUCUUCAUAAACAUUCACAACAUUAGACUUUUAAAAGAGUAAAAAGCAUCUAUGUAUUCAAUGUAAAACAAUUCACUACUUCAAAGUGAACAUUGCAGCAGUUUGUGGAAAGUUAAGGUUUUGAAAAUAGUUGCAUGAAGAUGACAAACUACUUGAUUGCUGCAAAUCAACAUUCAUGUAUGGAUGAUUAAACUGAAACAUACAAACAUAAUUGAUUACAUUGCUAUAGAAUGACAGCAAACAUCAUUUGCACAAAAAUAUUGUGACUGUAAUGACACAAUGGCCCUUCAGUUUUCUAGCAGUGAAAAUUCCUUCCAGUUCCCUGAUCAGUACUGACUGAAAAACACAAUAAACUGAGUCCACAAAUAAUUUAUUAUUUGACUGUAUUCUAUAAUGUGCCAUUAGUAGCUACAGAUGCAUUGCUAAAUAGGUACAGCUGCAAACUAUGUACAAAUACUGAAACUUUUUGAGAAGUAAAGCACUACCUCACAUACUUAAUGUUGGUCAUUUAACAUUCAGAAAAGGUAAUGGCACAGGUAGAAUUAAAGUUGAAUAAUGAGUUCCUAUGUGUAUGAGUGAUAUAACUUAUGUGGAUUCAAAAACAUGCUUAAGAUCUAAUUGUGAUAUGACCAAGUCUGAUUCACAAUAGGGCACAGGCUUCUAAAGACUGUUAACAAAUGUGUUAAAAAUUUUGGCCCAAAUUUAGUGCAAAAACAUUUAUUUAAAAUAUUUUCAUUACAAAACUAAUAAACUAUUUCAAUAUAGAAGUACUGUAACUUAUGAUUUUUUUUAAAAAAAAUACAAGUAUAUCCAUUAAUCUUACACCUCUAGAAACAAUAUAUUCUUCAGCCAGUUUACUGGAACAGCACUGUAACACUGACAGUAAAGCCAUGGGGUAUCUAUCAGUUCAUAUCUAGAAAUAAUUAUUGUUACAUAUAAAUGUUACUGCAAUACAACAAUGUAUGCUUUUCUCUGCAAAAUGUUUAAAAUACUUUACUAAGUGGCACAGAACAAACAUGAUAUAAGAAAUAAGUCAACAGUCUUGUGCAAGCUGGUAUGAACAGUCACACUUCUUUAUACAGUCCAACACUUACAAGGUCAACUACACACUCUGGUUCUUCAACAAUGGCAACAACAAAAAUGGGCUACAAAAAUACCAUAACACAUAAUGUAAAUAUAAACUACAUCACAUAUCACUGAAAUUAGUAUUAAUUACCAAAAUGUCAAAUACAGAAAACAAUUCAAACCUUAGAUACCUGGUUGUGCAUGCUAUAUGUUAACAAAAUACAAGGCUUGCAUCAAGAUUUAUUGCAGUAAGCAUUUACACACAUUUAGUGGUACCUAAAAAAUGGCAGAGCUGUCAUCAUCAAAAAUGAAAGCAAAUCUUUUACUUAACAUAUUUUUCUUCAAAACACGUUUUUCAUUCUUUGAAUUUUUUAAAUCAAAAUUUCAGAAUUUCUGGCAGUUUAAUGAUAGUUUUUUAAUCAAACUGAAAUGAACUGUCAAAAUUGUGUCAAAAGACAGUCAUCACAUAUCACAUAGUACAGGACAAGCAGGAGCAAAAGAGCCCAGCUUAAAAAGAGAUACACAAAAACUUCUAAAAAUUGAUUUGGUUUCUGUCCAUAUACUAGGCAGUUGCAACACACAGGCAUGAAAAUGGGACAUCAACAUAAAAGAAGAAAUCUAAGAAUGUCAAAUAAUCUCAUGCAUAUAGACUAUUGUAGUAAAUGAUAUCUCAGUUUCUCUUUUUAGAGGGUUCAAUGUGCACAUCUCUUUUCACAUACAGAAAUCAUAUUCAAAAAUUAAAUAAUCAUGUUUUACACUUACAUUCAUACUCUGUAAACCACCCUGAAAUGGAUGACUCAACGUACUUUCCACUGUAUCAUGUAUUACAGUUUCUUCCUAUUCUAUUACCAUAUGGAGUACUGGAGGAAUUGAUAUGAAGCAGAGUAUGAAACAUUUCUAUAUAUAAAAAAUAUUAAAAAUAAUGAUAUUAAUAAUAUUUAUUCAUAUUUUGAUCAUUUUGUACAAUGGGAUGGACAAAUCACUUGGACAGAAGUAUGUAUGGGGCAAUCAAAUGAAAGCAAGGCACAUGGCAAAAAAGUAUGUAAACUGUUUAUUACUUCAAACGUAAUCCUCAGAAGUGAUAACACAUUCAUCCCAUUGUGGGACAAGGCAGUUAAUGCCUUCAUCAAAAAAUGUUUGCAGCUGCAUGUAGAACUGUGACUGUACCCAGGGCUGUACCUCUUCAUCUGAAGCAAAUCAACAGCCAUAAACAUAUUUCUUCACAGCUGCAGGGCCAAUGCACAUGUUGCUGUGGUUGUUUCAAGUAUGCUGCAGCAGUUUUCCUGUGAAGCCCUUACAAAUCUUCCACACUGUCUCAACGCCUCCCCAUGUGAUUUCCAUAUUUCUGAAGCCCUAAAGAAAGCCAUUUGUUGCUGUUGAUUUGCUUUGGAUGAAGAUGUGCACACCUGGGUACAAUUAUGAUUCUGUGAGCAACUGCAAACCUUUUUCCACAAAGGCAGUGACCAUCUUGUCUCACAGUGGGAUAAAUGUACGAACAGUUAGGGCAUUUACUUUUGAAAUAAUAAACAGUUUACUUACUUUUUUCCAUCUGCCUUGGUUUCAUUUGACUGCCCCUUAUACAACGUACUAAAUGUAGAUAAUAUUACACACAAACAAUUUUGGCUUUAAUUACACAUAAAACCAAAGAAAAUCUUAUGUCAUGGGUCCUGCCAGGUUACGGGAGGAAGUAAGGCAAAGACUGAGAAAAAAGCAAUAAGGCUGUGCAAUCUUCAGUUCAGAGAUGGUAGAAGGUAAUGCUAAAGAGAGAAGUAAAAAUAUAUCUGUAAGAAGCAUAUAAAAUGGAAAACAGUGAGAGUGACCAAAUUUUUAUACAACAAAUAGAAGAAACAAAAAUGAAAUGCCAUCUGUGAGGGGGAAGGAAUAAAAAAAUAAGCAAAAGUAAAGCAAAAAACUUCAGUGGAAGAAGAAAGCAGAUGGACAGCUAAUGCAGUUUGAUUCCAUGAAAGUGACAUGAUGAGAGUACAUUUUGGAGACAGAUUUCGUCUUCCAGAGUUCAAAGAAGCAGCUGCAUGGCGGGAGCGUUUAAAUAGCCCUUGUACUAUAGCAUGCACUCAGGGCUCUUUUUGUGGAGCAACUGGGUUCUGGCCACCUCAAAGACAUUCAUGCCCAUUCAUCGAUUCUGCUAAUUUGAUAGUUAUUCCUAUGGAUAAAGCAGUGCAGUCCACUUGUAAGAUGGUACAUUAAUGAGUAGUUCAGGAUACAGUCUUUCCUUUAAUGCUAUACAUUUUACCAGUAGUGGGCUUAGAUUAGGUGGCAGUAGGUGAGGGUACAGUUAACAUUUCAUAGCGGACAAGCAACUUAGGGAUGGGAUGCUGGUCUUGAAUGUCAGAAUCUCAGAAGGGUGUUUAAGAGGUGGCAGCAUACAGGAUUGAGUUGAUAUCACAAUGAGAAAAUAUUUCAGGACUCAUCUUGGGAAAAUCAUAGUCCUCAUGGAGUAAUUCAGUACGUCAUGAAAGUGUGGGUACUACUGCAUUACGAGCAUAAUGUUUCUCAGCUAUUUGGACGUAGGAACUUCACUGAUGGUAUGAAGUGACAGGAGGAAAUGGCCCAGGAGAUAUGUUUGUGGAUAUCAGUGGGGUAGUUGCAAGAGAGAAAUGCUUGAGAAAGCGUAUUGGUAUAGGUGUUAUGGGAUUUGGGUUUCAAUCAUUUUCAUUUACCACAAUCACCUACGCUGUACGAAAGGGUAUAUUUGACUUGAAAAGGAUUAAAGCUGUGAGAGUGGAGAUAUUGCUGCUGGUUGAUGUGAAGGGGGCUGAAGUUUGGAUGUAUGACUCACAGAGUUGCAAGUAUACACCCAGCAAGAUGGCUUGACUUAUGGACAAGAAUGAGGUGAAUUUCAUCUGGGAAAAUAAGUUGAAGGAAGUUCAGCAGAUCUUCUUUACAAUGAGUUCAUACUGCAAAGAUAUUUAUGACUAUAUAGGAAGUCAAGGGGCACAGCUUCUAGGGAGCUGACAUAUGCCUCUUCCACGCACCAGACAGAGCAAUUCUGUUUCCCAUUGCCACCUAUUACCUAACAACUAAUAAACACUCUUUUUGUUACACAGUAUCAGCACUGACUUGAUGGCCUCAAGAGAUUAUUUUCCAGAGCUGGGGCUUUCUCGUGCUGCACCCUGAAAUGACAUCAUCCCUCCCUGGUUUCCUAACAUGCACUUUCACUUCCAAAUAUUCUCUUAAACUUUGCAGCAUCCUUGUCACGCCCUACACCAUUCCCAAACCAAAAUUUUAACCUGUAAAACAUUUUCCAUGUACUACCACCUUCUUUACCCACAUCAUUACCAAAUUUUAUAACUUAAAAACACUUGGCCACAAGCAAAAUUAAUUGUGUGGGUUACCAGCUGAUACCUGUCUACAAUGUGCAUUUCUACACAGGGAUGAACACCAAUCUGGCAGAAUCAUGAAAGGACACAAAUACACUGCUUCAGUUGCAAAGUGUGCUCUAUAGCAUAAUUCAAGAGGCCACAGUGGUUACUACACCACAUGGUCCUACUCAGAAGCUGUUCCCCUAAACUGUGGAAACAGGAACUUCAAAAUAUACUUUAAUAUGCUUAAACUCAAAUCAUUUACCUUCACCCCUUUUCCUUCCACAAUCAAAUUUCUUUUUAUUUUACUUCUAUGUUUAUAUUCCCCCUCCAUAACUGCCCCUUUGUUUUUCCUCCAUUUAUUAUAUUUUAUUUGUGUCAUUCUCUCAGUUUUGUUAUUUUAUCUUAUUAUUAAAAACCUGCUUUUCUGCUUACUAUAUCCCUCACUUCCACAAACUCUAAGCUGAAGAAGUACUAGUGUUUAUUAACAUAAUACUUUAGAUCUCCUACUUUAUCUGAUACUAUUCUCUUCAUAUUUGUCUCCUUCUUUACUCAUACAUGGUAGGACAUCGUAGCCUGAUUUCCAAUUGAUCUGUCCAUCCCACUUAGCUGAAGCUCUUUCAAACAUCAGGUAUAGUCAUGAAUGCUAGUACUACUGUAAUUUAUUUUUUGAAAUUGGUAUUAUAUAUCAAUAAUUGUUGUAUGUGUCGAUUAUACCAAUAUGAAAAGAAAUUCAACCACAUCCACAGCAGUUUCGAUAGAGUGUUCAGAGAUGAUGGGCGUGUGUCUGUGCUUGUGUGAAUGUGUGUGUGUUUUCCUUUCUUUUCUCAAGAAUGCAUUGGCCAAAUGAUUAGUGUGUAAUAGUCUUUUCAUUGUGCCUGUUUGCAACUCAGGGUGACACUAUAUGGUGAAUAAUAAUCUCUCCUUUUCAUAAUUGUUGAUACUUCAAUCUGGACUUUCUAUUGUUUCAUUUCCACAGUUAUCUAUUUCCUUCUUCACACAUUUUCUAGUAACAUUAUAAGCCUGUAACAAAUGGCUUUCUGUCUUUAGUUAGAGACUUUCUUGGGAAGUUUUAAGGUCUUCAGAUUUUUAUGGAAAUUCUCAUUCUGCAGAAAUCACAAUGGCAAAUGAUUAACAACUUGCACGCAUCUUUCAAAGUAACAAUAAUUUUAUCAGUGAUAACUAUAACCAAACUGUUUUAGUCACCAGUUACAGCAACUGUCAUCAACUCCUUCUUGAGAAUAUGCUGUAGUUUCAUGUCCACAUCACUAUCUUCAAGUGGCCUGGCAUACCCCUCAGUCUCAAGAAAACAAAAUACUGUCCAGCAUUAUUAUAGACAGUGGGGGGAGGGGGGGGGGGGGGGAGGAGCAUUACAUAUACAAUCUUUUCUUUCGUAUUGUGGCCCUCUCUUGAGCAAUUUAUCUUCACAUGAUCGUGAGGGCAAAUGAACUAACUGUUGUCAACCUCCACAACCUGAUUCACUUUAUGUUCCAGACUACAACAAAGCUUAAGUAAUUUCAACAAUCCUGUCUAAUAGUUUCUUUUCAGCUAAUCUAUUGAGUUCAGUUCAGUAUCCAACCACUUACAGCACACCACAAGUGUACAUUAGCCCUAACACAACCUGGCUGUUAACUGCUGUAAUAAUAUGCUUACCAGUUGGUUUCCUAUGUCACUCCGAUCCUGUAUUCAUAUGUAGAUGUUUUCUUUUGCUUUUUGUGAUCAGUUCUUAUAUUUUGUUGCAUUCCUAAAUACUUUUACUAUGAUCCAGGAACUCAUACCAGUUUGUCAGUAGUGUUAAUAUGCUGAUUUGUUAUUUGCACACAUUGAUAUCAUCAUUAAAUACUUUUAUUGACAUUACUGAGGAGACAAGUAUUUUCUGCAUAUGGUUUUAUGUCAUGGACCACAUUCUGCCAAAAGAAACUGUCCCCUGUACCUCAAAUUUUUAAAUAAGUCUGCAGAAAAAAAUCAACUAAAUUUUAUUUGGUAAUGUCACUAAAAAACUUGUCAGAGACCAAGUAAUUAAAUUUCUGCUGAAAUGAAAUACGUGAACUGAUUUUGUUUAAGCAAUAUGGUUAUUGCACCUUCACAGUCUAUUCAUAUUUUGGAGAAAAUACUGUAACAUAAUUGUUUAUCUUUGUAUGGAAAAUCUGCAUUGAAGAAAGGCUUCAUGUAUGCAUUUGACUAUCCACAUUAUCUAUUAGGAGGCAUUGACAUAAGUAGAGCAAAGAGAAUUUGGCAGUUUUAAAACACUACAAAUGUGAUAGUGUGAAUGAAAAACUAAAUUAUUAUCUAUUUUUAUCAAUAAAUGGUUUAGCAGGGAGUUUUUAGUGAUUGGUAAUGACCAAAUGUAAAUUUGUGAGACCUUAACUUUUCCUGACGAAUUAAAUGUUCAAAUAAUUCAUGAGUUUGCUGCCAGGUGAUGUCGUCAUCCACUGCCGCCAUGGUGGUCGACGAUGUCACCCGGCAGCAACCUGUAAAUUACAUGAAAUGUAAUUUUUUUUUGAAAAACUCACAUCCCUCUGGCGUAAUGGAAAAACAAUAGAUGCACUGAAGAUCUAAGACUUACAGCCCACUACAGAUUUAAUAAGUAAUUGUAAUGUUGCCUUUUUGGGAGAUAACAUUAUGGUGGAUGUUGUUGAACAUUUUUUGGGCAUAUGAAACCUUGAAAAUGUGUUAAUUACAUGUAAUAACUUUAUAGAGAAAUAACAUGUUAUAUGAAUGUAUAAUAUAAUUGGCUUAAAAGUAGUUUUCAGUUCCUCAGUCCACAGAUUUCAAUAGUACAUUUCAGUCAUUCACUCAAAUAAAACAAACCACAAAAAUCUGCAAUAUAUUAAAAUAUAACAAAGUCAAAAAUUUCAUAUUGUCUUCUGAGGCAUUGCUAAUAAUAUCACUUUUGUUUAUUUCACAAAAUUCAGUUGAGAGCUGUUAAUUUUCUUCUAACUUUAAAAAUAUUUUCCAUGGUUUCAGCAUCUUGUGUAUUGGUUCCUUUCUAUCUAAUGGGAUCCAUUUAAAAAUGGGUAAUCCCAUUUUGGUUUCUAGUUUGCCUUCUUUCAAUAGUAUAGCCAAGCAGAUCAGCUAUGGCAAAAAAAGUCUCCCUGAAAUAUUCCCCUUUGGCUGGGAAUUAUUGUGAUGAUCUCAUUUUUGAACUAGACAUUUGCCGUGAUAUCUAUAGCUCAAGGUGUAGUGCUUAGCAUUGCUGCCUCUAGAUUGUUGGGUCUUGGGUUCAAUUCUGGGCCUGGUUGGAGAUGCUCUUCACUUGGAGACUGGGUGUUAUCCUCAUCAUUUCAUCUCAUUUUAUUCACAAAGAUGUGCAAGUUGUUGAAUAUGUGUCAAAUAAAAAGAUUUGCAGCUAGUUGCCAAGCAACUACAGACAGGGUUUCAAUUCUGUCACUGAUCAUUUUAGUUUUCCAUAUGUCCAUCAUUGUUUCCUCACAACUAAAUGUGUGUAGGCUCAUACUGUUAAUUUAGAAUAUCUCAAGGAGAAAAUUAUUAGACAUUAAAUCAGCAUUCUUGGCGUCAUCAGUGUAAGAAAUAAGCAAAUCGCGUUUCUUAAUCUGCAUCUGUUUCACUGUGGUAGGAUCAAUGAAGAGCAUGUGUGUAGCAAUCAGCAAGUUAUUUCAUUAAUAUCCAUGGAAGAUAACACACUAAAGGACCAAUUACAGAGUCAGAAUGAAAUGUGAUUGUGGCUUCUUGUAUAGUAACAAUACAUAAAAAUAAUUAUAACACAGGCACACAAUAAAAUUACAACAACAACAAUAGAAUAAUACCUAUUUAUUAUCUUGUGUAGUCUCUUUUAAUGAGUAUCACAUUUCAAACAAAAGUGUUCAAACAAAAGAAAUUUUUUUGAUGUUUAAAAUACUAUAGAAAUUCUACACAUGGAAAGUUUUUUUCUUAACCAGAUCCAAAGAAAUGAAGAACAUAUUUCCCAUCCUUUUUUUGGAUACGGACUUUCCACUGAUACUGCCUAUGUUAUAAAUACAUACUUCUGUUGAGUGUUACAGUACAUUUAAACUUAUAAAUUAUUGCAUAUUUGUACUUUUGACCCAAAAUAUGUAAUUAAUUUUAUGUUAUAAAGGUGUGUAUAUGUUACCACACUUUAUCAUCAUUCUGGCAGGUAACAUUUAGGUAUGUGCAACAAUAAAAAACAAUGCCAUAUUAUGUGGUGGGUGGUUGAGCUACUAUUUUUUCUAUGUUAUUAUUAGUAGUUUCCCUUCAUAUAUGUACUACAUUAUUGUAUAAUCUAUGACAACUACGAUUUUGUUAAUUCAUUUCAUUAACAAUUGACAGUCUAGAAAUAGAUGAAAAAUUACCAGAAGUAUGACAAAAAAAUUUCAACUAGAUUUUUUGUAUAUUUUACUUCACUCAAACUGCAUCAUAAUAAAAUGAAAAAAUAAAAAAGAAAGGAAGAAAAUAAAACUAUGAGUGGCUGUGUUGCAUUUUAUAACUCUAUACUGUUAAUACAGAAUAGCUUAAACAUUUUGUUUUGUCACAUAGUGACAGCAUGUUGGUUGUCAUUAGGUGGAUCUCAUGCUUAUAGGAUUAAAUCAUAGAUUCACUUUCCUGUGGUAAACCAGUUAUUAUUUAUGUUUCUGUAGACAAUUCUCAAUCUAUAAAUUUGAUUGAAUUUGUUCACUUUCAUUUUUUCUUGUAAUUUCUACAGUGUUUAGCUCUCAUCUUUCAUCUAUCAAAUGCAUCCUGCUCAUUCCUAAAUCUAUUAAAAAGUUGUUAGUUCAAAGAUGAUCACAGGUUUUAGGAGUAACUUUCUUUUUCCUUGUACUCUGUGCAUUUUUUCCUAUUUGCUCUUUUCACCUUUUGAAAUAUCUCUUAUGUGUGAAGCUGCACCAUGGUUUUGUUUGUGUUAAACUGUAGAUACCCAAGAAGUAGCUAAAAUCAAUUACAGAUUAAAGAAAAGCAAGGGAACACUAUCUCGAAUGAAACUGCAGCCUCUCUGACAGUAUUUAUGAAGUAAAUUUGCAACAAUCUCUCAAAUACAAAAAUUAUGAAUAUUGACACACCAGUAAUGUCUUACAUUUCAUUUGUUCCAGAAAUGCUCUGUGCACUCCAUUUCCAUCAUCUCAUGGCAAACUUUUUCUCUCAUUUAAGACUAGGUAAAUUCUUUGUUCAGAGAUUUCAAAUAUUGGUCAAUAAAACCACUAAGUCACAUACAUAUGGUAAGAGGUACACACUUAGUCUUCCUCGAAUCGGUAGAUUUCAAGUGGUAUUUAAGUACAUACACCCUUCCACUCUUUUGUUCCUCAGUUUCCAUCCAGACUACAGUUGUGCUCUGUACGAAUUUGGGAAGAACAUUUAACAAGUAAGGAUGUGUGCCAAUUAACCUGUGUGUUUUGUACCAACAGACAGUACAGGCCUGGUUUUGAAACAGAACUUCUAAUGUAAUAUAUACACGUGAUUCCUUCAUUUGCGUGAAAUUAACGGAAAAUGUCACAACAAUGUAGCCAUAAACUGGAUGACAGAAAAAGCAUUCCAAGUCAACGCAGCUGAUACAUGAAAACUGGUUACGUUUCCCACUAGGAUGUAACAAACUGAACAGGCUAUUGCCAAACAGGUGAUCAAGCUAGGAUCUUCUGAUUAUACAGUGAACUCAUGUAGUUUUCUCUGUAUUUGCUUAAAUUUCUCAAAAACUAGAGAGAACUUCAGAACUAUUAGCUGUGUGUAGCGGUAUUAUCCUGACUAUUUUCCACAACUUUUGAACAGGGUCUAACUUUUGAAGGUACAGUAAGUAAGCUGAUAAGCAGAAUGCACACAAAUGUAGGAAUUAAAUGAAUUUCCUUCCAGUAUAAAUAAAGAAAAGAAUUCAGAAAUUCCCAGAUGUUAAACAUAUACAUAAAUAUUCUCAUUAGCUAUAUGAACUAAAGUACAGUAAGCAAAGAUCUACAUUUAUCAACUUGAAAAAUUCAGAAUGGAAUGUAAUAAUAUUAGAGAAGGAAAGUUGCUACUCACCAUAUAGCGGAGAUGCUGAGUCGCAGAUAGGCACAACAAAAAGAUUCUCACAAUUAUAGCUUUCGUCCACUAAGGCCUUUGUCAACAGCACACACACACACACACACACACACACACACACACACACGAAAAAGCAACUCGCACACACGACUGCAGUCUCAGGCAACUGAAACCGGUUUCAGUUGAUUGCACUCUCAGGCAACUGAAACUGGUUUCAGUUCCCUGAGAUUGAAGUUAUAUAUAUAUGUGUGUGUAUUGUUGACAAAGGCCUUAAUGGUCGAAAGCUAUAAUUGUAGAAUCUUUUUGUUAUAACUAUCUGCGACUCAGCAUCUCCAUUAUAUGGUGAGUAGCAACUUUCCUUCUCUAAUAUUGUUAUAUUUAUCAACUUAAGUCUACACAGACAACAAUUAAAAGAAACUGUUGAAAUUACUUAAAUGGUAGACAGUAUAGGUUUCUUGUGAAGUAGUUUCAAAUCCUCUACAUCUCCUAAUUUAUUGGCUUCUGAUACUCUACUGAUUGGAUAUCAUACACAAAACAAAUUUUAUAAGUGGUUCCCUAUGGUGUAACAUAUAGGCAGCACUUAUUACUUCUUGUAACACACUGCAAAGAAGUCAUGAGUAAGGUAAUUACUUUUUCAUGUGUCCAGUCUUAAGGCUUGGUAAGUUCUGCUCUUAACAGAAAUGUCACAUCAAAUAAGUGGAUGUUAGACAAUUUAAUUAACAAAGUGCCUGGAAGGCCAAUCAGGAAAAAAGCAGCAAUUAUAAAAUUGUCUUAUCUUCUCGUAACAACCCAUACUUUUACUUCCUUCACAGAGCAAAGGAACUUUAACAAAAAAAUAAACAAAAAUGAGGACAGGUAAACACUCAUCUAUAACUGAUUGUGUUAUGUUUGGUGCAUAAACAGAUAAUAAGCAAAGGCACUUCAGUUCUGAGAACUAAAUCACACACACACACACACACACACACACACACACACACACACACACACAGAGAGAGAGAGAGAGAGAGAGAGAGAGAGAGAGAGAGAUGUUAACUGUUUAUAGCGGGUUGCUCAAGCUGAGAGGAGCUGGGUGGAAGGAUGCCUGUGACAACAGGGAGAGGUUAGACGUAGUGAACGACACAGAAGUGGGAAAGCCUUGCAGGAAAUGAACCCGAAAAUUCAAAUUAUUUGUAUCAUGAAUGUAAUCUUUGUCAGCAUACUUUGUGAUAGAAAAGCAAAAAUUAUUAAUCAGACAAUGAAACAAUUUAUUUGUGACAUCUGCAAACCAAGUAAUGUGAAUUCCAAAGUUAUAGAAAUGGUUGGAAGAGUGGAAAGUGUACAUGCAUAAUCCACAAAAUGUUUAUUUUCCUAUGAUGAAUGGUUGUUUUAGAAGUGUGCCUCUAGAAAUCAAAUGAACUUUAACAUUCAAAAUGCUCUGAAAAAAAAAGAAUCUUACAAAGUUGUUUUGUUUAUAGUAUUUGUAUGUGUUCCAAAUUUUAAAAAUAUUAACAAAAAUAAUUGUUACAUACUGUGCAAUAUGGCCUUUGAUUGUUUUGUAGCUAAUAAAUUAUAUUGUACAGUCAUUGUAUUAAUAAAUUAAUGUCAAUGUUAA